CACAUGAAUCCACCUGACAUUGUAGAGGGUGUCUUGAAGAUGCACGACACCACCAAGCUCGGCCAUCUCACUCUGGAGGAUUACCAGAUCUGGAGUGUGAAGAGCGCUCUUGCCAACGAAUUUUUAAACCUACUUUUCCAGGUCUGCCAUAUAGUCUUAGGAUUAAGGCCAGCCACUCCAGAAGAGGAAGGUCAGAUCAUUAGGGGCUGGUUAGAACGAGAGAGCCGGUACGGUCUCCAGCCGGGGCACAACUGGUUUCUUAUUGCAUCCCAGUGGUGGCAGCAAUGGAAGGAAUAUGUCAAAUAUGAAGCCAACCCUGUUGUGAUAGCGCCCUCGUCCAUCUUAAACGGAGGCUUCCUCUAUGGCUCCGCCUCCAGCCCCGACGUGUGUUUUCCUCGGCAACUGAACACUUCAGAUAAUAACAAUCAGUGCCUGCUUGGAUCCAACGGGAGCAUGUUAGCGCAACUGAAUCCCCAGCCGCCCGGAGCUAUUGAUAACCUGCCUCUUAUCACUCAAGAGGCAAUGAAGGCUCCAUCGUUGACAUUGGAAGGCGGCCGACUCCGGCAGUCCCCCCAGUUAAUUAAAGGGAAGCAUUAUGAAAUCGUGCCAGAGCCGGUCUGGAGGGCGCUUUACAACUGGUACACUGCAAACCUGUCUUUACCAAGGCCAGUGAUCCAAAACAGCCGGAACAACAAACCCGAGCUCGAGCUCUUCCCUCGCUACCUGCUCUUCCUGAGGCAGCAGCCGGCCACCCGGACGCAGCAGUCCAACAUCUGGGUGAACCUGGGGAACGUCCCCUCUCCCAACGCACCCUUGAAGAGAGUCUUGGCCUACACGGGAUGCUUCAGCCGCAUCCAGACCAUCAAGGAGAUUCACGAAUACCUGUCGCAGAGGCUGCGGAUAAAGGAGGAGGACAUGCGCUUGUGGCUGUACAACAGUGAGAACUACCUUACUCUUUUGUGGACUGAUGAGGACCACACGCAUUUGGAGUACCUUGAACAUACAGGAGAUGAGCAAAUAUUUGGUAGCAUAGAAGUCCGAAACAAAGAUAUGAGCUGGCCAGAAGAGAUGUCCUUCAUAGCAAACAGCAGCAAAAUUGAUCGGCACAAGGUCCCUACUGAGAAGGGUGCCACCGGUUUGAGCAACCUCGGGAACACCUGCUUCAUGAAUUCCAGCAUUCAGUGUGUCAGCAACACACAGCCUCUCACAAAGUAUUUCAUUUCGGGCAGACACCUGUAUGAGCUGAACAGGACUAAUCCGAUCGGUAUGAAGGGCCACAUGGCCAAGUGCUACGGAGAUCUAAUUCAAGAGCUAUGGAGUGGAACUCAGAAGAACAUUGCUCCCUUGAAAUUACGGUGGACGAUAGCUAAAUACGCACCCAGGUUUAAUGGCUUCCAGCAACAAGACUCACAGGAGCUCCUGGCUUUUCUCCUGGAUGGCCUUCACGAAGAUCUGAACAGAGUUCACGAUAAGCCGUAUGUAGAACUGAAAGACAGCGAUGGCCGGCCAGAUUGGGAAGUAGCGGCAGAGGCCUGGGAAAAUCACCUUCGAAGGAACCGUUCCAUUGUGGUGGACCUCUUCCACGGGCAGCUGCGGUCUCAAGUGAAGUGCAAGACGUGUGGGCACGUCAGCGUCCGCUUCGACCCCUUUAAUUUUUUAUCUUUGCCCCUCCCGAUGGACAGCUACAUGCACUUGGAGAUUACAGUAAUUAAGCUAGACGGCACCACCCCAUUUCGGUAUGGACUGAGGCUGAACAUGGAUGAAAAGUACACCGGCUUGAAGAAGCAGCUGAGCGAGCUGUGCAGGCUGAAGCCGGAGCAAAUCCUCCUGGCGGAAGUGCUCAACUCAAACAUCAAGAACUUCCCUCAAGACAACCAGAAGGUUCGCUCAGGGAGCGGCUUGUGUGCGUUCGAGGUCCCGAUCCCUGGAUCCCCCACGUCGGCUUCUCCUAGUCCAGUGCAAACAGAUUUCUGCAGCGGGCCAGCAGCUAACGGGAUGAUCAGCAUGCUGAUGUUGAACGGCGAUCUUCCCCGGCCCACCCUGAUCCCGAACGGGGUGCCAAACACAGUCGUGCCAUGCAGGACAGAGAACGGCCUCUCCAAUGGGGUGGUGAAUGGUCACCGGCCCUCUCCUUCCGACAGCCCCUUCAUAGGCUACAUAAUUGCCAUCCACAGAAAGAUGAUGCGGACGGAACUGUACUUCCUCUCCUCUCAGAAGAAUCGGCCCAGCCUCUUCGGAAUGCCCCUGAUUGUCCCUUGUACUGUUCACACGCGAAAGAAGGACUUGUACGACGCCAUCUGGAUCCAGGUUUCUCGCUUGGCGAGUCCCCUCCCGCCCCAGGAAGCCAGUAACCAUGCUCAGGACUGUGAUGACAGCAUGGGGUACCAAUACCCAUUUACGCUACGAGUGGUUCAGAAGGAUGGCAACUCGUGUGCUUGGUGUCCGUGGUACAGGUUUUGCCGAGGCUGUAAAAUUGAUUGCACUGAAGAGGGCGCUUUCCUUGGGAACGCGUACAUAGCUGUCGACUGGGACCCUACGGCGCUUCAUCUCCGCUACCAGACAUCGCAAGAAAGGAUUGUGGAGGAGCACAGAAGUGUGGAGCAGAGCCGGCGGGGUCAGGCCGAGCCCAUCAACCUGGACAGCUGCCUGCGGGCGUUCACCAGUGAGGAGGAGCUCGGCGAGGACGAGAUGUACUACUGCUCCAAGUGCAAGACUCACUGCCUGGCCACCAAGAAGCUGGACCUCUGGAGGCUCCCCCCUAUCCUGAUAAUCCACUUGAAGCGCUUCCAGUUUGUCAAUGGCCGCUGGAUAAAAUCCCAGAAAAUCGUCAAGUUUCCCCGGGAGAGUUUUGACCCAAGUGCUUUCCUGGUGCCCCGAGAUCCCAGCUGCUGGUCGCAGAAGGCGCGGACGCCACCGACAGAAAGCCUUGCCUUGCCCCAGACCCUGCAGGAGGAGUGUCGGCGGGCAGAGACGCAGCACAGCAACGGGGCGGGGGAGGGCGAUGCUCUGACCCGCAGCCCCUCUUCCCUCAACCCCUCGAGCGUCUUAAACACCAUCAAAGCGUCUCCAUCUUCUGGGAGGAAAUGUGUAGCUGGCUGCCAGUCGAGUAAAGCCAUGAGCCCAACCGGUAGCCCGAGGACUUUGGGAAGAGGCAAAGGGCGCCUUCGGCUUCCUCAGCUGCAUAAGAGCAAACUGUCCAGUAGCAAAGAGAACUUGGAUGCUGGGCGCGAGAACGGCAUCGACCCAGAGCAGAAGGUCACCCCUGACCAAGGAGACAACCUGAGCCGGGGGCACAUCCUGGGAGGCAGCCGGGACGACCUCUGUCCCACCCAGGACAAUGAAGUGGCUUUAGCCAACGGCUACCUUUGCACUCAGAACUCGCACAGCGAUGGCAGCAUCAACGGUCAGCUUGAAGCCUACGGGGAGGAGGAGCUUGGAGACAACCAAAGAGAAGUCUGUAACAACCCCAUCUACAACCUAUAUGCAAUUUCGUGCCAUUCAGGAAUUAUGGGAGGAGGUCACUAUGUCACUUAUGCCAAAAACCCAAACGACAAGUGGUACUGUUACAACGACAGCAGCUGCAAGGAACUGCAUCCCGAUGAAAUCGACACGGACUCUGCCUACAUCCUUUUCUACGAGCAGCAGGGGGUGGACUACGCACAGUUCCUGCCCAAGAUCGACGGCAAGAACAUGGCAGACACAAGCAGUAUGGACGAGGACUUUGAGUCGGACUACCGGAAGUACUGUGUUCUGCAGUGAGCGGAGCGGGGCUUGCUGGGGUUGCGUCCCCCCCCCCCCCCCGGUCCCCUGACCGUACCUCUUGGCGGAAGUCGGUUUUGGCUAAACAGAAGAGCUAAAUGUAGUUUUUAUUAUUUUUUUAAUUUUCCCUCUUGUGACCUGAAAGCACAACUAGAGAGAGAGGAAGAAAGAAAAGAAAAACAAAGUAGCUAAAAUUAAAUAGCAAUUUACAUCAUGAGGUAGCGUUUGGUUUUGUUCAGAUCUCUCGCUGCGUGCUCGAAAUCCGUUUGUCGACUUUUUCUUUCUGUCUUUUUUUUUAAAAAACAACAACAACUUGCCUUUGGCCUUUAAACUGGUUUGAUGUCAUCGAACUGGGACCAAAAUUAGUUAAAUUUUAAACAACCUCAAAGAAGUGCUGACCGGGAGUAACGUUGAGAUUUUCUUUUGGUUUCAGUGAAAUUGCUCUUAGGCAAAGGGAAAAUAGCAGGCUCUGUUUAGCUUCAAGACGAUGAACUCGUAGUGUUGUCCGCUGACAGCAUGAAAUGGCUACCUCCUAUUUCUGAAGUCUUAUUCAAUUUUUGUGGCCAGAUCAGGACGGCAAAAUUAGGCGACGUCUGGGCUGGGGAGUCGCUCCCCACGCGGUUUUCCACCUUUCCAAUUUCUUCCUCUUGCGGUCGUGGGCAACCUGUUAAUGUCCGGGAGCAGACUUGCUCUGUGGAGAAUGUUCUAGACAUUUGGGCUGUGUAGUAUCUCUGCAGGAGUGGCCAGAGGGAUCUGCUUUCUCAUCUUUUCUGCUUUGGGAGCCCGAGAGCUGUGCAGGGGGGGAGGAAGUGAACUAUCACCUGCGUUGGUAAUCCUAAACUCCAAGAGGAAAGGUCUGUGUGGAGCGUUCACCCAUGUGUAAUGGCGUGCUUACAAUGAAGGAUUUUUCUGUUCACUUUAAUUUCAGGUUGCAUGUAGCAAGCAUCCCCUGAAAUCUAUGGGAAAGGUUCCCCCUUGAAGGGGCGCCAGCCCCGUGGCUCCAAUGGGAGAUUCUUGUGACCACCACACCAAUGUUCCUUGCUUUCAAAGCCAAUGCUGGGAUCACACUGGUGGAGUGGCUGUGAUCUCUUGCCACAGUUAAGCAGAUUGGGAAGCCAAAACGCAUCCUGCCUCUUCUCCAGUCUCUCCCGUUUACAUACCCCCUUCCCAAAUCCUGGCUAGCGUUGAUGCAGCCUUUGAUCGCAGUCACGGUCGGAGGGGCAAUUGAGGGCGCAGAGCGUGAGGUUUUAUCUCACGUUCCAAACUGCUAAGCCGUGGCGAAGAGAAGCGGCAAAACACCCGAGAUUUGUGUUCACCUUUGAAGCACUUUGGAAAUAACAAAAGGAAAAUAGAACCCUCCGUUGAAGCCUAAAGGGUUUUACUUAUUUUUUUUAAAAAAAGAAAGAACUGGGAAGGUUAUUUCCGAUUGAAGGGGCAAGAGAUUUUGUCAGACUCCGGGUGAAACGGGAUUCCAUCUGGCAGCGAAAGGGGUCGCCCAUAUUUCAGGAGAAGGAAUGGAGUCGGUCAGCACUUUUAUACUGUGAUUAGCAUUAAUAUUAUGCAACGUUAUAUAAAAAGAAAAUUUUUAACACAUAGCAGCCAACUCUGUUCUUCAGAUAAACGUCUGGCCAUUUCCUUGGAGGAGUAAAUGGGAAAGAGCUUGAGUCGAAAGUGUCAAAUUACAAGGAAGGAUCGCACAGAGAACGUUUGACUCCUCCUAGUUCUUGCCCCAAAAUCUUCCCCUAAAAUCCAGGUCAGUUACGACCUGACUCUUCAGGUAAGUUCUCCAGCCACCUUUUUAGAAACCUUAAGGACUUGAUUCCUUAAUCUGCUUACUCCAUAUCCCCCCUGUUCUUUUAAAACACACAUUUAAAAGCCGCUUAUUGAAAAGGAUUACUCUUGAGCAAACAGUCCUUUCCAGGAUUACAGUUUCUUACUCUGUGGAGUUCUGGAGUGGGAGAAGUCGGGGUUAGACAUAAUUUUGCAGACUGGGAGAGGCAACUAAUCGUUUCUGGACUGCCGUGGGUCAGACUGCAAGACAGUCAAACAUUUCUCCACGCAAAAACACGCAAAAUCCAUGCAAAAUGUUUCCAUCAGGGAAGGCAAGGGUAAAUAUCGGAGCCACUCAUUGGAAGGGAUUCUGUGUCCUUUCAGGAAUGAAAUUGGGCUCCCAUCCAGACACCAGUCUCUCUCUUUCUUUUUAACUGAUUCCACACAUCUGUCAGGCACUUUCUAACAUCAGUUCAAAACUUAGUCUAGGGAUGCAACCUUUAGUGAUUUCAUUGCUGCUUGUGUGGACGCUCUUCCUGAGGGAGGAAAUCAUUUUCAUAUCAGUUUGACCCCAAGAUGCCAUCUUCUCCCUGACAGUUGUGGGUUUGGAGACAAGCCAACCUUUAUUGUUUUCGUUUAUGGUGAAAUUUCUCGAUUCAAUGUGACCCCGAGCCUCCUUUUCAUGCCCUUGUGGAUUUCUCUUCUGAACAUGUUCUUCGGAUUUCAUUUCCUCUCAAAACGUGUCCUUCUCCCCUCCCCCAAAUUUUUUAAAAAACAGGUAGCUUGAACUACUAAUGUCGUUUUAAUCCGUCAUUCUUUUGUUACCUUUGGUUGAGAUAUUUUUUUAAAAAAUUAAAUUAAUUCCUAAACUAGCAGGUGAAUUUAUUAAGUUAAAACUAUUAACCACAUUCACUUUGUAAAUUAUUGUAUAAAACUUAUUGACGAUGCACUGAAUUUAGAAAGAUAAUGUACAUAAGUAUCAUGUAAAUAAAUGAAAAGCUUAAGUGUUAAUGUAUUGAGAUAUGAACUGUAUAAAAGAGAGUACAAGUUAACUGUAUAUGGAGUGAGCCCGUUUAUCUGUACCUAUAUUAUUCAAGCAAAUUAAAUACUGUGGAUGCA